CCGGGCCGCGGCUGUGGGGAGGGCGCCGGGGCCAGUGACCUUCCGGAGGCGGGAGCGAGCCAGGGGGCCCGGACGCCGAGCGCCUUCGCCGCCGCCGCCGCCAUGAACAACUCGGGCGCCGACGAGAUCGGGAAGCUCUUCGUGGGCGGCCUUGACUGGAGCACCACCCAAGAGACGCUGCGCAGCUACUUUUCCCAGUAUGGAGAGGUUGUGGACUGCGUGAUCAUGAAAGACAAGACAACCAACCAGUCUCGAGGCUUUGGGUUCGUCAAAUUCAAAGACCCAAACUGCGUGGGCACAGUGCUGGCCAGCAGACCACACACCCUCGAUGGCCGAAACAUCGACCCAAAGCCCUGUACGCCUCGGGGGAUGCAGCCGGAGAGGACGCGGCCGAAGGAAGGCUGGCAGAAAGGACCCAGGAGUGAUAACAGUAAAUCAAAUAAGAUAUUUGUCGGUGGAAUUCCUCACAAUUGUGGUGAGACAGAGCUCAGGGAAUACUUCAAGAAAUUCGGAGUGGUCACGGAAGUGGUCAUGAUCUACGACGCGGAAAAGCAGAGGCCUCGAGGUUUUGGAUUUAUUACUUUCGAGGACGAACAAUCAGUGGACCAGGCUGUCAACAUGCAUUUUCACGACAUCAUGGGCAAAAAAGUGGAAGUUAAACGGGCCGAGCCACGGGACAGCAAAAGCCAAGCGCCAGGCCAGCCGGGGGCCAGCCAGUGGGGCAGCCGGGUCGUGCCCAGUGCCGCCAACGGCUGGGCAGGUCAGCCCCCGCCCACGUGGCAGCAGGGGUAUGGCCCGCAAGGGAUGUGGGUGCCAGCAGGACAGGCGAUCGGUGGCUACGGACCGCCCCCCGCGGGAAGAGGAGCCCCCCCGCCGCCCCCGCCCUUCACCUCUUACAUCGUGUCCACCCCUCCUGGAGGAUUCCCCCCUCCCCAGGGCUUCCCCCAGGGCUACGGCGCGCCCCCGCAGUUCAGUUUUGGCUACGGGCCUCCACCUCCCCCACCGGAUCAGUUCGCCCCCCCGGGGGUCCCCCCUCCACCGGCCACUCCAGGGGCUGCACCUCUGGCCUUCCCGCCACCUCCGUCUCAGGCCGCCCCGGACAUGAGCAAACCGCCAUCGGCGCAACCCGACUUCCCGUACAGCCAGUACGGUUACGGACAGGACUUGGCGGGCUUCGGACAGGGCUUCUCAGACCCCAGCCAGCAGCCCCCCUCCUACGGGGGCCCCUCAGUGCCCGGCUCGGGGGGUCCCCCCGCCGGCGGAAGUGGCUUUGGACGCGGUCAGAACCACAAUGUACAAGGAUUCCACCCCUACCGACGCUAGCCGCAGUACCUUGAGGAUGUCAGGCAGCUGAGGCCAGGAUUCAAACUUGUGAACUCGUGACAAUCACAAACUUGGGGAAAAUACCAACUGGAGCGUGGGGGGCUUCUGGCGGUGGCUGUGGGCAUCUGGACCGAAGUUUUUAAACGUAUUAUUUCUCUAACCCAUCAGCUCAAUAAAAAAGUCACUGGUUCAACAACA